CAGCCUCUUCCAUCUUGGAGUUAAACUGGUGAAAUGUACGAACCCGAGGUAGUCACCGACGAUUCAGAGCGAACCGCUUUCAGGAGAGCGGAGAAGAAGUACAAACUCUAUUACGACCAGAAUCCCAAAUCCAGCAAAAUGAAAAAACAACCCAGGCCCAUAGAUUUGUCGGAAGUCAUCGAUUUCAAGGUCAUACAGGACUCGUUCCAUCGAAAUAGUGAAAUUCCUCCCGGAGUAAUCGUGCUUCGAUGGGAUUUCGAUAGGCCGGUUUUCUGCCUGGAAAAUCGCCCAGGUUUUUAUUUCAUUCCUGGGGCAAUCAGUGUUGAGGAACAAUGCCACUGGAUAAGGGAGAGCUUAACAAUUUUCCCACAGCCUCCUAAUAGAACUAACCACAAUGCAAUUUAUGGGCCUAUAACGAACUUAUUUGUUGCGUCUAGAGAAAGAAAAGUUCUAGUUGAAGAGGAUAUUUCCUGUGCAGAUGAGGAUUCAGUGUCUAGUUCUUUUGUCAGUAGUUUUGAUGGUCUUAGAUGGACAUUUUGUGAGGAAACUGGUACAGCUUCAAGAGGAAAUAGGUCCAAAUCUAUACCAGCAUCUGUUUUACUGCGGAAGUUACGUUGGAGUACUCUCGGCCUGCAAUUUGACUGGUCAAAGCGGAAUUAUGAUGUAUCUCUUCCGCACAACAACAUCCCUGACGCUCUUGCUCAACUAGCUAAGAAAAUGGCAGCUCCUGCAAUGCCAUUGGGGCAAGAAUUCCAGCCAGAAGCAGCUAUAGUGAAUUACUUUGGUUUAGGUGAUACACUUGGGGGCCAUCUUGACGACAUGGAAGCAGAUUGGAGUAAACCUAUUGUCAGCAUGAGUUUGGGUUGCAAAGCUAUUUUCCUUCUUGGAGGCAAGUCUAGACAGGAUCUGCCUCAACCGAUGUUCCUUCGAAGUGGUGAUGUUGUACUAAUGGCUGGAGAAGCCAGGGAAUGUUUCCAUGGUGUGCCCAGGAUCUUCACAGAUGAAGAAAAUUCUGAAAUGACUCCUCUUGAGCCGCAAUUAUCACAUCCAGAUGAUAUUUGUUACUUAGAAUACAUAAGAAAUUCGAGAAUUAACAUCAAUAUCAGACAAGUUUUUUAGUUGAUUUAGUUUCAUUCUUUAUUUUAAUUUCUUUUUGCUGCCCGGCAGAUUUUGAGAGUUCAUUCUCAUAUCUUCCUAACAUUCUUUUCUUGUUAUAAUGUUUAUUAUGAAGUGUCAAAA